GAGAAGGUUAGCUCUGCCCCCUCCCACCCCACCGGCCAGUUUUUAUAGCCAGGGUGCAGCUUUUGCCUCUGCCAGUCACCCAGCAGCCCUCCGGAGCCGCCGUGUCUGCCAGAGCCCCCCGCUAUCCACGUUUAGCCACUCAAGAUGCCUCACGAAUACCCAGCCCUGACCCCCGAGCAGAAGAAGGAGCUGUCGGACAAUGCCCAUCGCAUCGUGGCAGCUGGCAAAGGCAUCCUUGCUGCAGAUGAAUCCACCGGCAGCAUCGCCAAGCGCCUGAGCUCCAUCGGCACGGAGAACACCGAAGAGAACCGCCGCUACUACCGGCAGCUGCUCUUCACGGCCGACGACCGCGUCAACCCAUGCAUCGGCGGUGUUAUCCUCUUCCACGAGACCAUGUACCAGAAGGCCGACGACGGCCGCCAGUUCACCAAGGUCAUUAAGGACAAGGGCGCCGUGGUUGGCAUCAAGGUUGACAAAGGUGUUGUGCCCCUUGCUGGAACUAAUGGAGAGACCACUACCCAGGGCCUGGAUGGUUUGUCUGAACAGCCAUGCGCUUCCAGGUACAGAAUGAAGCGACGGCCAGGCCUGAGCUUUGCCCAAGGCGGCCUAGCGAUCGUCUUGAAAAUCACCCCGACCACCCCGUCCCGUCUGGCCAUCAUGGAGAACGCCAAUGUCCUUGCUCGCUAUGCCAGCAUCUGCCAGCAGAACGGGAUUGUUCCUAUUGUGGAGCCGGAAAUCCUACCUGACGGUGACCAUGAUCUCAAACGCUGCCAGUAUGUGACAGAGAAGGUUCUGGCUGCUGUGUACAAGGCCCUGAGUGACCACCAUGUUUACCUGGAGGGAACUCUGCUCAAGCCAAACAUGGUGACAGCGGGUCAUGCUUGCACCAAGAAAUACUCCGCUGAGGAGAUCGCCAUGGCAACUGUGACUGCUCUGCGCCGCACUGUCCCACCAGCUGUGACUGGCAUCACUUUCCUGUCUGGUGGCCAGAGCGAGGAGGAGGCCUCCAUCAACCUGAACGCCAUCAACAAGUGCCCCCUACACAAGCCAUGGGCCUUGACCUUCUCUUACGGCCGUGCCCUGCAGGCUUCUGCCCUCAAGGCCUGGAGUGGAAAGAAAGAGAACACCAAAAAUGCCCAAGAGGAGUACAUCAAGCGUGCUUUGGCCAACAGCCUUGCUGCCCAGGGCAAAUAUGUUUCAUCUGGCCAAGCUGGGGCUGCAGCCAGCGAGUCCCUCUUUGUUUCCAACCACGCUUAUUAAAAUCUGAGGCCUGAUUGCUUUGUCUACUCUCACUUCUGUUUGCUGCAUCGUGCCUGAGCUACCGUGGUGUGUGUGUGUGUGUGUGUCCCUCUUGGUUCUUCACCUCUCCCCCACCCCCACCCCGUUCCUUUCCUGCCGGAUUUUCUAUGUGAGAACGCUGGAAAUCUUCUGACCCUUGGUCUUGGAAGAGCACGCAAAGUCUCGGCUCAUUCCCCUUCUCUUCCCCGCUCCCCAUCUCUGUACAUCUGUUUGUGACUUCUAGCUUUUCCCUCUGGUGACCGACGACACUCCUGGUCCGUGGCCAAAAUAAAAUCUGAUUGUCUCCGGAGCUGGGAAACCUGACUCCCGGACCGCUAGAAAUAAAAGAGAAUCUAUUUAAACGUU